AUGCUCAUCCGCAACGCCAGGAUCCUCCCGCCCAUCGCCGCGUCCUUCGACGACAGCGAGUUCGCCUUCAACCUGCAGCUGGCGAUCCACGUGCGCGCGCUGGUCCCGCUCUGGGCCGAGGUUUCUCCCAGCCCGAUCAAAGAGACCGAGGAGUACUUGGCCGAGCUGGCCCCGAGCUGGAGGGGCUGUCGCACCGAUUCCUCCGCCAUGUAUUUGGGCACGCGCAUCGGACCAGGCGUCUCGGAGCAGGGCAUCUGGAAGGAUGCGGCCGCGAAGUGGUGGUCGCGGGUUGCGGAGCUGAGCCGCGCGGGCAUGGCGACCAGCCUUGCCGCCCGCGCUUGCAACGUGAAUGUGCUCCCGUGCCUCUCCUAUCUGGCCCAGCUCUUCUUCCUCAUUCCCGAGAUCUGGCGGAUCGAGUUCACGAUGCUCCACCGCCUCUUGCGCUUCCCGCCCUCGUCCAUGCGCAAUGCGGGCAUCCUCGCCUUGGGUGCGUGGUGCGGCUCUCCUGCGCCUGUGGGCGUGUUCCCGUACUCUGUCGCCACCAUCCUCCGCGCGGCGGCCCAUGCCGUGCGCGGCUGGGCCCAUGUGCUGCGCGCGCUGCACGAGACGGCGGUGGUGCACUUCCCGCUGGUUCGUGUGAUUCGGGGCUCGUGGUCACCGCCAUGGUGGACCACCCAGCGUGCCAUCGUCCAGAACUACGGCCUCGUGAUGGACCAGUUCCGCGCCCUCCCGCACCCGCGCCCUGAGCUCGACAAGCUGCCCGCCCCUGUCCCGCCAGCCCUCGUCGAGGCGGCCCGCCGAGCGAUGGUCGACGAGGAGCUGGCGGCCGCCGCUGCCGCCCCGCCCAGGAAGGUCAAGCGUCAGGCCGCGGCCAUGAUCGCCUUGAGGGGUGGCCUCUACGACGACCGCCUCGACCUCCUCAUCGGCCGCCGCUUGCGGCGCUGGGGCAUCGAGAUCUCUUCUGAGGAGCUGCGCGGCCGCUGGCUGGAGCUCCGAGCUGUGCUGCGUGCUGCUCGCCCGUCAUGGCUUUGGUCGCGGCUCCGCGCGGCGGCCAACGGCUGGAUCACCUCGGGCAGGAUGCACGUCAUCGCCCCGCGGCCGUGCAUCUUCGGCUGCGACGCCAAGGACGACCUGGCGCACUACAUGAAUUUUGAGAAGCUCCGCAGCGCG